CGGGGCUCUCGCUUAAAGGCGCCGCUGCCUGCAAGGCGGUCGCGGGCAUUUGUCUCUCUUCGCGUCUGGCUAGGGCAGCCUAGAUGAGAGAGGCGACGAUGCCCGCACCUCUGCUCACUGCUCUGAGCCUCUACUCCGGCCGUGCCCCGGAAGCGCCUGAGGCGGGCCGGGAUGGCGGUUCUGCUGCGCUUCCUCGGGGAAGGCGUAGCCGCUGGCUCCCGCCGUGCUCCGCACUUCCUGCGCUGCUCUGACCGCCCUCCCUGCCCCGCUGACGCCAGCCAUGGCGCGGCCCGGGGGCGCCUAUGAGGCGGCAGUGCCGCCGCGGCCCGCCUGUGUCUACACCAGCUGCUACUGUGAAGAAAACGUUUGGCAACUUUGUGACUACAUCAGAAGUCAGAAUCAAUACCCUUUGGAAGAAUUUUAUGCCGUUUUCAUAUCUAAUGAUAGGAGGAUGAUUCCACUCUGGAAGCAGAAGUCAGGAUAUGGAGAUGAGCCUGUUGUCUGGGACUACCAUGUUAUUCUACUUCAUGCUUCUGGUGAGCAAAACUUUGUUUAUGAUCUUGACACAGUGUUGCCAUUUCCAUGUCCUUUUGAUGUGUACAGUGUGGAGGCCUUUAGGUUGGAUGACAGCCUUCGACCAGAAUUUCACAGGAAAGUCAGAUUGAUUCCAGCAGAUUUGUACUUGAAGACAUUUGCUUCAGACAGAUCUCACAUGAAAGAUGCAAAUGGGAAAUGGCAGAAACCUCCUCCAUCAUACCCUUGCAUUGAAACUGCUGAUUCCAAGAUGAACUUGGACGAUUUCAUCAGUAUGAAUCCCAACAUAGGGUGGGGUUCAGUGCUCCCCCUUCCUGACUUUGUGCGUCGAUUUGGCAGACAAACUGAAGGCAGCUCUUCCUUGGAAGGACAGUGACCCGAACAAGUUCUCCCUGCUUCUCUUCUGAGCAUGUGUUUCAGUUUGCUGCUCUUGCAUUGUAUUUGCAGUUUACAUUUCUGCACAUGGAAUAAGUGUUUGGGAAAACAGAACCAUAGAAUCAACCAGGUUGGAAGAGACCUCCAAGAUCAUCCAGUCCAACCUAGCACCCAACCCUAUCCAGUCAAUUAGACCAUGGCACUAAGUGCCUCAUCCACUCUUUUCUUCAACACCUCCAGGGACAGCAACUCCACCACCUCCUUGGGCAGCCCAUUCCAAUGCCAAUCACUCUCUCUGGCAAGAACUUCCUCCUAACAUCCAGCCUAAACCUCCCCUGGCACAACUUGAGACUAUGUCCCCUUGUUCUGUUGCUGGUUGUCUGGGAGAAGAGACCAAUCUGCACCUGGCUACAGCCUCCCUUCAGGUAGUUGUAGACAGAGUGCCUGCCAUAAAUACCAUGAACUGAUUUUUUUUUUCAUUUUUGAUUAUGUAAGAAUGUUUUUUUUAUGUUAAGUCAAAGUCAGACAUCCCACCAUAAGCAUGUUAUUUUUCCAUCUACUGUGCCCAAAUUGACAAGGGCAUUUACAUGUUGUAAGAAAAAAUUGUGCAUAAAAUACUGAACAAAUUGCUAUGUCUCCACAUUUGAGAAGUGAUAUACAGUGUAUUUAUGUUAUGAUUUCUAGCACUUACAUAAAUAGACUGCAUCCAGUUUAGUUACUGACUUUAUCAAUUAGGCUUCAUUUAGCAGAAGCCUAAAGGUCACACUCACAAUGGGAACACAGAUGUUAGCAGUACAAUGUUCAACUCCCAAGCACUAUGUAAAACCAGGUAAGUAUCUAAGUUUAUGUGAUGUAUAAGGGGAGAAUUAAAUGCCUGCCUUUUCAGUUAAACUGUUGCUGGAAGAGGCAGUUGCUUUUGCUUCUUA